GUGAGUGGCGUUUUUUAAAGUUCGUUCGCCAGGGUUACCAAGAAAAUUCGACGACAAUGGUAUGCUCGCGAAAAACUUAUGAUAUUGCAAUAUGCAUAAAGAGUCCAAAGCAAAAGAGCUGCUGCAAAAAGUUUGAUAUUGAACCAAAGCAAAUAAGAGAUUGGGAGAGAAAAAGAGAGCAACUUAUAUCUUCAGCUUAUAUUAAAAAGUUACAUCCGGGAAUGUCUUCAAGUUUACCUGAAUUAGAAAACCUGUUAUUUCAGUGGGACAGAGUUUAA